ACAGCUACUAGCUAGCGCUUUCUCCUCCACCGCGCCGUCGUGUCGUCUGCAACUGUUUAUCUCUCUCUCACACACACACACACACACACACACAAAACACAGUCGCAAACCUAAUAACUAAUUUAUAUCUAGAUCUAAUUUUUUUUCUUUCUCCUAUCCUUACUGGACCGUGGAUGCGGCGUCGUUUUUAACCCUACAGUACAGGCAUACCAUGGUGGUCAACGAGAGACCCGCGAAGAGGAUGAAGAGGAGGGUCACCGCCGAUCUCUAUGAUUUUCUCACUUUCCCCGCUGCCGGAGACGACUCCUCCUCUGUAGCCUUCCGAAACUCUGUUCAGCGCUUCCUCUACGACCACGCGCGCAUCACUUUCCCUCCCUCGCUCUUUCCUUCCCUCAUGACGUGGCGGAUCUUGUUUCGGGUCGGUGAACUCGUCGACGGUCCCGAUCUCUCGCCGGCCACGGUCACACUCGACAUUGUCGAGGAAGACGUCACUCGUUCUCGCAGUUCAGUCUACUGCGACCAGUGCCGAGUCGUUGGGUGGAGUGGGCAUCCUGUAUGUCGAAAGCGAUAUCAUUUCAUAAUAAGGGCGGCAAGUAACGCCAUCGAAGCAUAUAGAAGACCUUGUUCAAGAUGUGGAAGUCUUCUCCAAUUAUCUGAACCCAGGUGUAAAUCGUGUAACUUCGCCACUACCGCUGAUGAUCUUGAGGAUUGGGUUUAUCUUCAAAUUGAGGAUAACACCCAUCUUCUCCAUGGUGUUAUUCACGUCAAUGGUUAUGGUCACCUCCUUACUCUCAAUGGACGAGAAGGUGGAUCGAAGCUUCUCUCUGGAUCUGAUAUUAUGGGUUUCUGGGAUAGGCUCUGUGCUGCAAUUUCUGUUAGGAAGGUUAGUGUGAUGGAUUUGUCCAAGAAAUUUGGGGUGGAAUAUCGAUUGCUUCAUGCAAUCACCAACGGAUACUCCUGGUAUGGCAAUUGGGGUUAUAAAUUUGGGACUGGCAGCUAUGCUCUUACCCAAGAUGCGUACCAGAAAGCAGUGAAUACCCUGUCAAGCAUGCCCUUGUCCUCAUUUUUAUUUCAGGGUCGAGGACAACGAAGCCGCCUCCAGUGUGUCAUUUCUCUUUACCAGUCUUUGGCUGAUACUCAACUUCUAACAAUUAAAGAUAUCUUCUCCUUUUUGUUGACAUUGGUUCAUGAACUUCGUAAGCCCAUGACCACGAGCACAUCUAAACGGCAUGAAUACACUAGCACGCCUAAUUUAUUGUGUGUUUGGACGAGAAAUGACGUUGAAGAUGUGCAACAGGCUUUGAUCAAGGUACUGCUUGCAUCAGGUGCCUAUAGUGAGGCCAAAUGGGUGUCAAGGCGUACUCUCAAGGGUGCAGUAUGCAGGGGUGUUGCAUCUCCAGAGCUUCUAGAUUACGGUCUUAAGCACUUACAAGGGAAAUUAGCUUCCAAUGGAAUGGUAGUUUGUUCACGAUGCAAUCCCAUUUCUAGUGCUGUCGAAUUCAGGCUAGAGCCUUUGGGUAACGCAUUUAGUGCAAAUUCAAGCUAUCCGUCAGAAGAGCAAGUGAUCUCUGAUUUGACAUUCUUAUUUGAUUCAAUUAUUCAUCCUGACAAAUUAGUAAGCUACAGACCUAAAAUUAUGAGGAAAAGGGUUGCUGAUUCAGCCAGGAAGCUACUUGACUGUAAGCAGUUUAUGAAGGAUUACAAGCCGAAUGAAAUGGCCUUAGAAAUGCCUUCAGACAUUAGGCUGUGGUGUCAUGUGGAGCUUUCUGAUCAGCCUAAAGACGAUCCACCCCCACCGCCAGAGUUAAUUGUGUUGCCUUUGAACGCUACUGCUGCUGACCUCAAAAGCGAAGCCGCAAGUGCUUUUCAAGAUGUAUAUGCAAUGUAUAAGAGGUUUAAAGCUGAGGAUCUCCUAGGAUUUGGGUCAAUCAGUGAUUCGCUCACUGUAAAAUUCCUGCUUGGAACAAGUGGAUCAGUCCAAAUUCGAGGUAAAUGCCCAGCCAAACACGGGCUAAGUCGAUUCCGCAUGGAAAGAGGAACCGAGGCAUGGAAAGUUGAUUGCACUUGUGGGGCCAAGGAUGAUGACGGAGAAAGGAUGUUAGAAUGUGAAACUUGUGGCGUUUGGCAGCAUACCAGAUGCGCUGGAAUUGAUAAUUCUGAUGCCAUGCCUUCAAAGUUUGUAUGUACAAGGUGUGUUAAAUCUUAUCGCGAAGAAACUAACAAGCCAUGUAAAUUGAACGCAUUUUGUAGAGAUGAAGCGGUGGUAACCGACUGUGCAGCUGUUUGUAACCUUACGGUAGAUUUUGGUGUACGCUGAGUGUAUAGCUCUUGUAUUUAUCCCUGUAUAGUUUUUGUUUGUCUUCAGCUAGGUUUUUAUGAAAUGCUAUGUGGGCACAGAUUUUCGAAGUCUUUGCUUUUGAGAGCAU